GGGCCUUUUCUUGUGUCCUGUUUGUUAAAGGCAUGCCGGCUACAGCAUUCAAGAGGGCCAGUCCUUAACAAAGGGAAAGAGAUCAAUGUAAAUAAGCUCACAUUUUCAGAAUGAGCGGUUUGCUGUAAGGAGCUGCGGCAGCCCAGAGUCGGCUCCUUCGGGCUUGGCUAACCUUUCCCUGUUUUUAUUUUUUUUAAAUGGAUAAAAAUAUGCACUUACAAAGUGCGAGUUGCCCGUUUACAUGUUUAUUAGCUAAUUGUCUACAGGCAUGCGCACACUCUCUCAUCUAGCACAUUCUUUUUUGGGAACAUUGCUCUCUGGAGGAGUGUGCAAAUUAAUUCUCUUUAAUAUUAAGGAGGAAAAAAUUCUUGUCUGUCCCUAAUCUGAGAGUGGUGAGUCCCUGCAGCUAGCAGGCCUUCUGAAAACAAAAUCCAUGGGUGACAGGAGAUUCAUUGACUUCCAGUUCCAAGAUUUAAAUUCAAGUCUCAGGCCCAGAUUGGGCAAUGCGACUGCCAAUAAUACUUGUAUUGUUGAUGAUUCUUUCAAGUAUAAUCUGAAUGGUGCUGUCUACAGUGUUGUAUUCAUCUUGGGUCUAAUCACCAACAGCGCUUCUCUGUUUGUCUUCUGCUUCCGCAUGAAAAUGAGAAGUGAGACGGCUAUUUUCAUUACCAAUCUGGCCCUCUCUGAUUUGCUCUUUGUUUGUACCCUACCUUUCAAAAUAUUUUACAACUUCAAUCGCCACUGGCCUUUUGGUGACACCCUCUGCAAGAUCUCGGGGACUGCAUUCCUUACCAACAUCUAUGGGAGUAUGCUCUUCCUCACCUGUAUCAGUGUGGAUCGUUUCCUGGCUAUUGUUUAUCCCUUUAGGUCUCGUACCAUUAGGACCAGAAGGAACUCUGCCAUUGUGUGUGCUGGAGUCUGGAUCCUAGUCCUUAGUGGUGGUAUUUCAGCUUCUUUGUUCUCCACUACUAAUGUCAACAAUGCAACUACCACCUGCUUUGAGGGCUUCUCCAAGCGUGUCUGGAAGACUUAUCUGUCCAAGAUUACAAUAUUUAUUGAAGUUGUUGGGUUCAUUAUCCCUCUCAUAUUGAAUGUUUCCUGCUCCUCUGUGGUGCUGAGAACCCUUCGCAAGCCGGCGACACUGUCACAAAUUGGGACCAAUAAGAAAAAAGUGCUGAAGAUGAUCACAGUACAUAUGGCAGUCUUUGUGGUAUGCUUUGUACCCUACAACUCUGUUCUCUUCCUGUAUGCCUUGGUGCGCUCUCAAGCCAUUACUAAUUGUUUGUUGGAACGAUUUGCAAAGAUCAUGUACCCAAUUACUUUGUGCCUUGCCACUCUGAAUUGUUGCUUUGACCCUUUCAUCUAUUACUUUACCCUUGAGUCUUUUCAGAAGUCCUUCUACAUCAACACCCAUAUCAGAAUGGAGUCUCUGUUUAAGACUGAAACACCUCUGACCACAAAGCCUUCCCUUCCAGCUAUUCAAGAGGAAGUUAGUGAUCAAACAACAAAUAAUGGUGGUGAAUUAAUGCUAGAAUCCACUUUCUAGGUACGAGAAUUGUCUUCAGGUCCAGAUAUAGUUUCUCUUAUGAUUUUUCUUAUGAUACAAAUACGAAAAAAGAUUGAAGCUAAUGAUGCUGAGAAUAGAUUAAUGUACCAAAUACAGCCAGAUCCAUUUGUUUGGACAAUUAUUGUACAUACGCUGUUUUGUUCAGUAAUUAUAGGUCAAGUCUAAUUACAGAAACCAAAAUAGAUCACCAGACUCUUCUUCUGAGUUGAUAUUUCAUUGUAUCACAUUAUAUAUAAGUUGUCAGUGGCCUUGUCUUUAGUGUGGUGGAGAUUACUGUAAAACUUUUCAAAAUACAUUUCCAUUCCAAUGAUUUUGGUAAUUGGAUUUGGCCUAUAAGUAUAGAACAAAUUCAGGGAUUUAUUUAAAAAAUGUUUGUGUUACUACUGAUACAUGCUAGUUUUUGUGAAUUACCAUGAAAUUUAUUUUAGCAUAUGAGCAUAUUUUAAUCUAGCAUUAUUAAUAAGGAAUGUGUCACAUUUAAAAGAAUUGGCAAAACGUGUGAAUUUUGACAACAGAAAAACUGCAUGAAUAUGGAUGAGAAGAGAUGGAAAGUUAACAAGUUUUAUACAUUUAUAACUACCAAUGAUCUCAGUUUUUAAUAUUUUCCUUUUUAAAACUACAAUAAGAUUUUCAUUCUAAACUUCUAAGCUAAA